UUAGCUGCAGUGCUGGUAAUGCACUUUCGCCUUCAACUCGGUGCAGUUUGUGUGAAUCAUCCGAAGUGUUAGGACAGUCAAUCCGCGUCUCUCCGCUAUUCGAACAAUUCUGCAAAUUUUUUCGCAAGGAACCUCCCAAAACUAACAACAAAAUGUACGGCAGCCAGCAAUCCGGUGGAUUCCGCGGUGGUAUGGGCGGUGGAAACCGUAACGGUGGCGGCGGUGGUUUCCGUGGUGGAGAUCGCCCCUCGGGAGGACCACGCGGAGGAAUGGGCGGCGGUAUGGGCGGUAGCUUUGGAAACCGCGGUUCAUUCGACCGGCAGGCGAACAACGGAGCUAGCCUACGCACACUGCAGUGGAGCAGCUCAGAUCUGCCUGCGUUCGAGAAGAACUUCUACAAGCCGUCGGAGCAGAUGCAGGGUAUGUCCGAAUCGGAGCUCACGGGAUAUCUGGCCGAUCAUGAGAUUACCGUCAAGGGCAAGAGCGUUCCUCGUCCCAGUAUGAGCUUCGAGGAUUGCGGAUUCCCCGAAAGUAUCAUGGAUGAAGUUCGCAAGCAGGGCUUCAACAAACCAACAGCUAUUCAGGCCCAGGGAAUGCCAAUCGCAUUGACUGGUCGAGAUAUGGUCGGAAUCGCACAAACAGGCUCGGGAAAGACUUUGGCCUAUAUUGUUCCGGGUUUAAUUCAUAUUAUGCAUCAGGAUAAAGUACGACGCGGGGAUGGCCCGAUCGCGUUAGUUUUAGCUCCCACUCGAGAGUUAGCGCAGCAGAUUCAGCAGGUCGCAAUCGACUUUGGACAAAGAAUGAACGCCAACAAUACUUGCGUUUUUGGAGGGGCCCCGAAAGGACCCCAGAUUCGCGAUCUGGAACGAGGAGCUGAAAUAGUAAUUGCAACACCUGGUCGUUUAAUUGAUUUCCUUGAACGUGGAAUCACAAACUUACGUCGUUGCACCUAUCUGGUUCUUGACGAAGCUGAUCGCAUGCUGGACAUGGGAUUUGAGCCUCAAAUUCGUAAGAUUAUGGGUCAGAUUCGUCCUGAUCGUCAAGUGCUCAUGUGGUCUGCCACUUGGCCCAAAGAGGUUCGCAAUCUGGCAGAGGAAUUUCUUACAGAAUACGUUCAGAUUAAUAUUGGAUCGCUUAAUCUUUCGGCCAAUCAUAAUAUCCUUCAGAUUGUGGAUGUUUGCGAGGAUUAUGAGAAGGAUCAGAAACUAAUGAAAUUGUUAACCGAAAUUUCGGCCGAAAGUGAAACAAAGACGAUUGUGUUCGUCGAAACUAAACGCCGCGUAGAUGACAUUACGCGGAUUAUCAAUCGUAACGGCUGGAGAGCCGUUUCGAUUCACGGCGACAAAUCACAGCAGGAACGUGAUUACGUUCUGAAUGGGUUCCGAAAUGGUCGCCAGGGUAUCCUGGUGGCUACGGAUGUCGCCGCCCGUGGACUUGAUGUCGAAGACGUGAAGUUCGUAAUUAAUUACGACUACCCGUCGAAUUCUGAAGAUUACGUGCACCGUAUUGGUAGAACUGGUCGUUCUAACAAUACCGGCACCGCAUACACGCUGUUCACAAAUUCCAACGCCAACAAAGCCGGGGAUCUCAUAAACGUGCUUCGGGAGGCUAAUCAGGUGAUCAAUCCGAAGCUGGUUGAAAUGUCCAAGUCAGGUAUGGGUCGUGGUGGACGUAACAACCGCUACGGAAACCGGUUCGGUGGUCAACAGAAUCGACCACCACGAGAUGGAGGUUAUGGUGGACAGCGCAACGAUCGCUUCGGUGGAAACAAUCGAGAUGGUGGUAAUAAGUUCGGCGGUGGUUUUCGUAGGGACGGAGGUGGGGACAAGUUUGGCUCGAAACCUGCAAUGAAUGGAGGUUUCCAGCCACGGGACCAGGGUAACCGUAUGUCCAACGGAUCUGGACCUCCACGUCCAAACCGUUUUUCUGCUCCAUCCGGAGCGCCGCCAUCCUACUCGUCCGGUGGAAACACGACUGGAAGUGGCUACAAUAAGAGUAGUUAUCAAAGUGCUGGCGCUGCAACUGGAACGACUGCCCCCGCUAGCAAUGGUUACGGAUCAUAUAAGCCAUAUAGCACAGCGCCACCAAGCCAGUCCACAUCGUCUACCUUCAGUGGAUACCCCAGAAGUACAGCAGCACCUCCUCCAUCUACCUACCAGUUUACUUCUCUCCCUCCCCAGAGUGGACAGUCGUUCGCGUUCCCACCACCAGUGGCGAUAAAUUAAAUCGUUUAAUCAUUCAUCCUUUUAACGGACAUUUUACAUUCUCAUUAAUUUUUAUAGACAUCAUCUAACCCAUAGAAGAGAAACAGAGUGAUUUAGUAAUUUUAAAUGCAAGAGUGUGAACAAUUGAAUAGGAAAGCGACUAGGAUUAAGCAUAUCCUAUUUAUUAUUAUUAUUGUUAUUAGCAGACACUAAUGCUGCACUGGAAUACAAAUAAUUAGGAAUUUCACUUUCGAAUAGUAGCGAAUGGAAAUUUUUCGUUCUCCUUAGUACUCCCUUGAUACGACGGAUUACUUGAUUGUGAUACAUACUAUAGCACCAAGGUCCAACAAUAGCAGCAACAAGAAUUUCAAAUAUCGUUUAGGUAUUUAUCAUUUCCUAUGUGGAGGCUCUUCUGCGUGGUAUCAUGCGGAAAUUUCCAACGUGAACUUUAUAAAUGUGCGAUGUGAAAUGCAAGUGACGAUUGAAAGUGUGAAGCUAUCCAACAAAUUAUAUUUAUGAAUAUACGAUAUAAAAACCGA